GGCAUUCUGUAGAGAGAGAGAGAGGAGACAGACGUAGAGAGAGAAAGAGGUAGAGAGAGAAAGUGGGGGUUUCCCAUGAGGAAACUAUGCCCAAACUUCGACCGAGAAGAUGGGCUUGACACGGUGCUUGAGGUGCCAAUCCCUGAAGAAAUGUUUGGGAAUUCAUCGCCAAGGGGAUUGAAUUCAUGGCAAAAUAUGAGGGCUUGGAUGAGGGCACAUGCACCUGGUGGUGGAGAGCAGAGGCCAUUGUUUGGAGGGAGAAGCACGGAUUUGCAGCUCCUCCUCAAUGUUAUUGGAGCUCCUCUCAUUCCAUUGCCUGUGCACAGUGACCCACCUCCCAAUCACUCCAUCAAGGAUCACCCCAUUGAGGUAUCGACCGCGAAGUAUAUAGUGCAGCAAUACAUCGCGGCCACCGGUGGACAGGCGGUGCUGAACUCGGUCCACAGCAUGUACGCCGUCGGCAAGGUGAGGAUGUUGGCGUCAGAAUUCCACACCGGCGAUCGCGUCGUGAAGGCGGCGGCAGCGGCGACGAAUAACAGCAAAGGAGGCAAUGGCAAUGGCAUUUUGGGGGAGGUUGGUGCGUUUGUUUUGUGGCAAAAGAACCCUGACCUUUGGUGCCUUGAGCUGGUGGUGUCUGGGUGCAAGAUCAGUGCAGGGAGUGAUGGGAAGGUAGCAUGGAGGCAGACGCCUUGGCACCAGUCCCACGCCUCUAGAGGACCCCCAAGACCACUCCGACGUUCCCUCCAGGUUCCUACCUCUUUCUCUUUCUACACUCUACUACUCUCUCUCUCUCUCUCUCUACACUCUACUACUCUCUCUCUC